AUGCUAUUGUACAUUUUAAAUUUUCUCCUUUUUUUUUCAUUAUGUUGCUUCGUAUCUCAAUCACAAGUACAGAAACAUGACCCAGAUUGUGACUAUAAUAUUACACAAUUGAUUCAAAGUAAAGGUUAUCCAUGUGAAGAACAUAAAGUUAUUACAAAUGAUGGUUAUAUUCUUGGUGUUUUUCGUAUUCCACAUGGUCGAAAUUCAUCAUCAACAGGUCGACCUGUUCUUCUUCAACAUGGUCUUCUCGAUGCAGCAGUAACAUGGGUAAUGAAUUUUCCAGAUCAAAGUCUUGCUUUUAUUCUUGCUGAUGUUGGUUAUGAUGUUUGGCUUGGUAAUGCCCGUGGAAAUUAUUACUCUCGUGCUCAUGUUAAAUACAAUCCUGAUCGUGAUAUAGAAUUUUGGGAUUUUAGUUGGGAUGAAAUGGCAAAAGAUGAUCUUCCAUCAAUGAUUUAUUAUAUAUUGAAUGUAACAAAAUAUGAACAAAUUGGUUAUAUUGGUCAUUCACAAGGUACAAUGAUGGCUUUUGCUGAAUUUGGAAAUUUGAAUAGUAUUAUUCAAAAUAAUAUUAGUUUUUAUGGUGCAUUAGCUCCAGUUGCUCAUUUAGCAUAUAUAAAAUCCCCAUUAAAAUAUUUAUUUAAUAUUCCAAAAGAUCCUGAAUAUUUGUGGCAUUUAUUAUUUGGUUAUAAAGAAUUUCUUCCAUCAUCAAAUAUUAUUAAAUGGCUUGCAAAAUAUGCAUGUGGAAGUGUUAUAUGGGAUCCGUUGGUUUGUGAAAAUAUUCUACUUGUUAUAUGUGGACCAGAUAAAAAAAAUAUGAAUAAUACACGAAUGGAAGUUUAUGUAUCUCAUGAACCUGAUGGAACAUCUGUAAAAAAUAUGAUUCAUUUUGCACAAAUGUUUCUUUCAAAACAAUUUCAAGCAUAUGAUUAUGGUUCACCACAAAAAAAUCAAUUACAUUACAAUCAAACAACUCCACCGAUAUAUUCAAUUCGUCCAAUGAAGAUACCAACAGCAAUAUUUUGGUCACAUGAUGAUUGGCUUGCUGAUCCAGAUGAUGUUGCUUUUAUUUUUGAGAAUAUACAAAAUUUAAUUUAUGAAAAAUAUAUUUUAGGUUAUAGCCAUCUUGAUUUUGCAUGGGCUAUGACAGCAAAUAAAAUUAUCUAUGAAGAUUUAAUUAAUCAAAUGCAAAAAUAUCAUCCAUCGAAAUAA